AUGGCCAAACUCAAGCCCAUCACCGGCACAGAAUACUUCCUCUGGAAAUACCUCCCCUCCAUCCCUCUGGCCGCGGCCUUCCUCGCCGCCUUCCUCAUCGUCACCACCAUCCACCUGACCCUCACGAUCCGCACCAAGACCCACUUCAACCACAUCCUCGCUAUCGGCGGCCUCAUGCAGGUCCUCGGCUACGCCGCCCGCAUCUGGGCGCACUUCUCCACCGAUACCAUCCCGCCGUACAUCAUGCAGUCCUGCUUGAUCAUCCUCGCGCCCGUGUUGUAUGCUGCGAGCGUGUAUAUGUGCUUGAGCAGGAUUAUAAGGAGUUCGGGAGGGGAGAGGUUGAGUUUGGUGCGGCCGAGGUGGAUCACACGGGUGUUUGUGCUGGCGGAUUUCGCGACGUUGAAUGUGCAGGGGAAUGGGGCUGGGUUGACGGGGAGUGAUACAAAGGCGGUGGCGAGGGCGGGACAGUGGAUUGUGAUUGCCGGGUUGGGAAUACAGGUUGCGACGGUGGGGUUUUUUGUGUUGGUUGCGGUGGUGUGGCAUAGGCGGAUGGGGAGGUGGGUGAGGGCUGAGGAGAGGAUGGAGGUGGAGUUGGUCAAUGACGGCCAGGCGAUGGGUGAUGGAAGCAUGGAAGGGCAGUCGAUGCCGUCGGAGCUGCCGCCAUGGAGGACCGGGUUGUGGAUGUUGUAUAUCUGUAGUGCCUUGAUUGGGGUGAGGAGUGUGUUCAGGCUGGUUGAGUAUGUGCAGGGGCCGGAAGGGUAUCUGCUGAGCAGAGAGUGGCCGACCUACUCUUUGGAUGGCAGCCUGAUGCUGCUUCUGCAGAUUGUGUAUGUGAUCUGGUUCCCGAAGGACUUCAAGGUGGAGAUGAGUGACCGGAGGAAGAAGUGGAUGCGGUUGUUGAAGUGA